AUGAACGAUCCUCUCUUCAAGGCUUUCAAAACUGGAGUCAUAGCUCUCGCUGAAGGAAUAGCAGUAGGGACAGGGAGAAGCUUUUCCAUGUUCAAGAAUUACCACAUUGAUGGGAACAAAGAAAUGAUUGCCAUUGGGAUGAUGAACAUUGCUGGUUCUUGCACUUCUUGCUACCUCACCACAGGCCAUUUUCCAGAUCAGCAGUUAACUACAAUGCAGGAUGCAAGAUGGCAAUGUCAAACGUUGUCAUGGCAAUUGCGGUUAUGUUCACAUUGUUGUUCCUCACUCCUCUGUUCCAUUACACUCCCCUGGUUGUUCUGUGUUCUGUCUGCUAUUAUAAUAGCUGCCAUGCUUGGCCUCAUAGACUAUGAAGCCGCAAUUCUCCUCUCGAAGGUGGUUUACAGAAAUGUUGAGCAGUAUCCCAAUGCAAGCAAUGUUCCUGGAAUUCUCAUACUUGAGAUUGAUGCUCCCAUUUACUUUGCAAAUACCAACUACUUAAGAGAAAGGAUUACAAGGUGGAUAAAUGAUGAGGAAGAUGGGACCAAAUCUGCAGGGGAAAGUAGCUUGCAAUAUGUGAUAUUGGAUAUGACUGCUGUUGGUAACAUAGACACAAGUGGGAUAAGCAUGUUUGAAGUGGUCAAAAAGCUUGUUGACAGAAGGGGGCUCCAGCUUGUACUGGCGAACCCGGGAAGCGAGGUGAUGAAGAAGAUGAACAAGUCAGAGUUGAUUGAGAAUACAUGUCAAGAAUGGAUUUAUCUCACAGUUGCAGAGGCUGUUGCAGCAUGCAACCUCAUGCUUCACUCCACCAAGCCCAACCCCGGCAAAGAUCAAGAACCAGCUGCAUGGAACAACGUUGAUGGCUUUGGCUGGCUACAAUGUGAAUUUAUGUAUCAGAAAGCAAUAUCAACAUAA